CCGGCGCCGGGCCGGCCCCCCUGCGCCCUCCCCGGCUCACUCGCUCCCGGCCGGGCCGGGGCGCCCCCUCCCCGCGCGGCCAUUGUGAGGUCAGGCCGGUGGGCGCGUCGGGGACCCGGGGGACACGCCCGGAGCGGCCGCUGCAGCCAGUAGCUGCCGCCGCCGCCGCCGGCCCCUUGACCGGCUGCCCCGCUCAGACCCAGCCGGGAGGGGCGCGAGGGAUGCCGCGGGGGGCCCAGCUCCGGCGCCGCACCCCGUGAAGGGCUGACCUUCCACCUCGCCACUCGCCUGCGGGAGCCGCCCGCCCGCUAGACCUUCUCUGGGGCUUGUGAAACUGACCACAACCAGAGCAUGGAUAUGGGAAACCAACACCCCAACAUCAGCCGGCUGCAGGAGAUCCAGAAGGAGGUGAAGAGCAUCGAGCCCCAGGUGGUCGGCUUCAGCGGGCUGUCCGACGACAAGAACUACAAGAAGCUGGAGCGGAUGCUGAUGAAACAGCUUUUCGAGAUAGACUCGGUGGACACGGAAGGGAGGGGGGACGUCCAGCAGGCGCGGAAGCGGGCCGCCCAGGAGACGGAGCGCCUGCUCAAGGAGCUGGAGCAGAACGCCAACCACCCGCACCGCCUGGAGAUCCAGAACAUCUUCCAGGAGGCCCAGGCCCUGGUGCGGGACCGGGUCGUGCCCUUCUGCAGCGGCGGCGGCUGCGCGGCGGAGGAGUUCGACGAAGGCAUUCAGGACGUCAUCCUGAGGCUGACGCACGUCAAGACCGGCGGGAAGGUGUCCCUGCGCAAAGCGCGCUACCACACCCUCACCAGGAUCUGCGCGGUGCAGGAGAUCAUCGAGGACUGCGUGAAGCGGCAGCCGUCCCUGCCGCUCUCCGAGGACACGCACCCCUCCGUGGCCAAAAUCAACUGCGUGAUGUGCGAGGUGAACCAGGCCAGGGGCACUCUGAUCGCCCUGCUGAUGGGCGUGGCCAACAACGAGACGUGCAAGCACCUGUCGUGCGUGCUCUCGGGGCUGAUCGCGGAUCUGGACGCGCUGGACGUGUGCGGGCGGACGGAGAUCCGCAAUUACCGCCGGGAGGUGGUGGAGGACAUCAACAAGUUACUGAAGUAUUUGGAUUUGGAAGAGGAAGCAGAUACCACCUAUGCGUUUGACCUGGGACAGAAUCAUUCCAUCCUGAAAAUAGAAAAGGUCCUCAAGCGAAUGAGAGAGAUGAAAAACGAGCUCCUGCAGGCGCAGAACCCCCCCGAGCUGUACCUGAGCUCCAAGACGGAGCUGCAGGCCCUGAUCGGGCAGCUGGACGAGGUGAGCCUCGAGAAGAACCCCUGCAUCCGGGAGGCCCGGCGCAGGGCGGUGAUCGCCGUGCAGACCCUCAUCACGCACAUCGACCUGAAGGAGGCGCUGGAGAAGCGGAAGGCCUUCGUGUGCGAGGAGCACCCGUCCCACCGGGCCGUCUGGGCCAUCCUGGGCCACCUGUCGGAGAUCCUGGGAGAGGUCCUGUUGUUUGACGGGAACCGGACUGACAAGAACUACAUCCGGCUGGAGGAGCUGCUCACCAAGCAGCUGCUGGCCCUGGACGCGGUGGACCCGCAGGGCGAGGAGCAGUGCAAGGCGGCCCGGAAGCAGGCCGUGAAGCUGGCCCAGAACAUCCUCAGCUUUCUGGACCUGAAGUCGGACGAGUGGGAGUACUGAGGCCGGGCGCACCGACCGGCACUUCCCCAGACGUGUAGGUAUUUACGGAGGCUUCCGGUGCGCUGAGCCUGAAUGUGGUUUGUACGUGCAUAUUGCAAUCUCAGUAUUUAUGAUUUCAGCAAAUUAUAUUCCGUACCUGCUGCUUUUGAUGUCGCAAAAGAAAUAUCAUUACAGCUCACUGACUUUCCCACGGGAUCUGAUCUGUACGUUGUGGUGUUCGUUUCUUAAUGAGAAAAUGGCCUUGGGGCAGCUUUUGUAAUUUGUAACUUUGUAAUUUUUAGCUGCGAAGCAUGAAAAUGCAGAUGUUUCAGAACCUAGAACUAGACCUCGCCUUGCCUGAUACUAGGACAGCUGUGAGAAAGGGAAGCUUUAGGGUGAUGAGAAGGAAGGGCCAAGCACAGAAGUAGUGAGUAUGUCUCAUUCUGCUGGUAAAGCAGGGCCGUUCCACUCGUGAA